AUGUGGGGGAGAAGAUCCAUUGCGGCGUCGAGACGCGCUGCACUCGAGGUCCGUCACCGAGUCGCUCUCCGCCCCUCCCCCUCUUUCUUUUCUUCUUUACCGUCAAGCAUUCCUCGACGUCCCCGUCCCAGAAUCUCAUUACCUACCUCCAGACCUCUUUUCGCAAUUACUCCUGUUCGACACUGCUCCGCCGAAGUUCGCAUGAUGGCGUCCUCCGAUCGAGAUACCCUCCCCGACGUGGCCAAGCCUGUUAACUACCAUGUUUCUCUCUUCGAUCUGCAACUCGGUGGAUCCUGGGAGUACAAGGGUAUUAUCAAAGUCGAUACCAAGAUCACCCGGGCCACCAAGGAAAUUGUUCUGAACUCGAAGGAUAUCACCGUGCAAAGUGCGGAAGUUUUCGGCCAAGAUGGAGCCCAACUGGCAAAGGCAACCGAUAUUUCAUAUGACAAGACCUCGGAGCGUGUUUCUCUCAAGUUCUCUCAGGACCUUACGCCGUCGGACGUUGUGCUUUCCAUCAACUUCACUGGAACCAUGAAUAACGUUAUGGCGGGCUUUUACCGCUCCAAGUACACACCCAUCGGGGAAGCAGGCCCUGGCACACCCAAGGAGGGAGAUUUCUAUUACAUGCUGAGCACUCAAUUUGAGUCUUGCGAUGCUCGAAGGGCUUUCCCUUGCUUUGACGAGCCGAACCUUAAGGCCACUUUCGAUUUCGAGAUCGAAAUCCCCAAGGGCCAGACUGCACUCAGCAAUAUGCCCGUCAAGUCGGAGAGAGAUGGAAGCAAUGCUGACUUGAAGUUUGUUACUUUCGAAAAGACCCCGGUUAUGAGCACAUACCUUCUUGCUUGGGCAGUGGGUGAUUUCGAAUAUGUUGAGGCUAUGACUGAGCGCAAGUACAAAGGCAAGAGUAUUCCCGUUCGGGUCUACACAACCCGCGGCUUGAAGGACCAGGCUCGUUUUGCUUUGGAGUGUGCUCACCGCACCGUCGACUAUUUCUCGGAAAUCUUCGAGAUCGAGUAUCCUUUGCCCAAGGCUGACCUUUUGGCCGUGCACGAGUUUGCCAUGGGCGCCAUGGAGAACUGGGGUCUCGUGACAUAUCGGACAACGGCUGUUCUCUUCGACGAAGGCACAUCUGACAAUCGCUACAAGAACCGCAUCGCCUACGUGGUUGCACACGAACUGGCCCACCAAUGGUUCGGUAACCUUGUCACCAUGGAUUGGUGGAACGAGCUUUGGCUCAACGAAGGCUUUGCCACUUGGGUUGGCUGGCUGGCCAAUGGAACUUUGUUGUACGCAAUAACCGAGGUAUCUCCUGCUUACCCUAAGAUCAUUAUUGACAUUGUACCACAGGCUGAAGGUGUUCAACAAGCAUUCCAUCUCGACUCGCUGCGCGCAUCUCACCCAAUUGAGGUGCCCGUUCGCAACGCUCUCGAAGUCGACCAGAUUUUCGAUCACAUUAGUUACCUGAAGGGAAGCUCUGUCAUCCGCAUGCUGAGUGUUCAUCUCGGCCAAGAGAGAUUCCUUCGUGGCGUUGCCGAUUACCUCAAGUCCCACGCAUACGGAAAUGCCACCACAAAUGAUCUGUGGUCCGCUCUGAGCAAGGCUUCGGGACAAGAUGUUCACGGAUUUAUGGAUCCCUGGAUUCGCAAGAUUGGAUUCCCCGUCGUUACAGUCGCGGAAGAACCUGGCCAGAUUAGCGUCCGCCAGAACCGAUUCCUGUCUACUGGCGAUGCGAAGCCCGAGGAGGACGAAACCACCUGGUGGAUUCCCCUCGGUAUCAAAUCUGGCGAUAAGCUGGCCAAUGUGGACACUCGUGCCCUUACCGCGAAGUCCGAAACCGUUGCAGGUUCAGGCAGUGACGGAUUCUACAAGAUCAACAAGGAUCUAUCUGGAUUCUACCGUACAAACUACCCUCCUGCACGCCUUGAGAAGUUGGGCAAGUCCCUUGGUCUUCUGAGUACCGAGGACAAGAUCGGACUGCUUGGAGAUGCUGCUGCUCUUGCGGUCUCUGGCGAGGGCACCACGCCAGCUCUUUUGGCCUUGCUCGAGGGAUUCAAGGAUGAAUCGAACUACCUUGUCUGGUCCCAAGUGUCUUCUUCUUUGGCGAACCUCCGCUCCGUUUUCGCCCAGAACGAGCAGGUCGCUGCUGGUUUGAAGCAGUUCACUCAAAAGCUGGCUACCCCGACGGCCGAGAAAGUCGGCUGGGAAUUCAAGCCCAAUGAAGACUAUCUCGUCAUUCAACUUCGCAAGCUCCUGAUUUCCAUGACCGGUAACAGCGGCAACCCUAGCACCAUCGCCGAGGCCAAACGCCGUUUCGACCUCUGGGCCACCGGCCAAGACAAGACCGCCAUCCACACCAACCUCCGCUCAGCAAUUUUCAGCCUCAACGUUUCAAACGGUGGUCGUAAGGAAUACGAUGCCGUGAAGGAGGAAUACCUCCGAACGGACUCCGUCGAUGGCAAGGAGAUCUGUCUGUCUGCCAUGGGCCGUACCAAGGAUGCUGCGCUGGUGCAAGAUUACCUGAACUUCGUCUUUUCCGACAAGGUGGCGAUCCAAGAUAUCCAUAACGGCGCAGUUUCCCUGGCCGCCAAUGCCAAGAUGCGUCAUCUGCUCUGGGAGUAUAUCAAGACAAACUGGGACAUGGUGGAGACACGUCUGUCGUCCAACAAUGUUGUCUUUGAGCGAUUCAUUCGCAUGGGUCUGUCCAAGUUUGCUGAUCACCAGAUCGGCGAUGACAUCGCUGAAUUCUUCAAGAGUAAGAACACUGGUGCUUAUGCUCGGGCUCUUGUUAUUGUGUCGGAUAAUAUCCGGACCAACGCUUCCUACAAGGAACGCGAUCAAGCUCUGGCUCUGGAAUGGUUGCGAUCUCACGGAUAUGCAUGA